GGAGCGCUCGCUGAGGACCCCGGUUCGCCCCCGAGGGCUCUUGCGCCGGACGGCAGGCGAUGGCCGCCUCUCUCGGGGCGUCCGCGGCCUGAGCCUCUGUGCUGAGUGCCCGUCCUGGCCUCGGUCUCCGUAAGUGGGUUCAGUGCCCACUGCUCUGCCUCCGAGACCGGCGGCGGCCGGGAGGGACGGACCGGCGGCGGAGGCGCGGUCAGGUGCCGUGUGCGCUGCUCACCAGCGACUGAGAGCACGCAGGAUGCCUGUGACGGUGGGCCCGUAUGGGCAGUCGCAGCCCAGCUGCUUUGACAGAAUAAAGAUGGGUUUCAUGAUGGGCUUUGCAGUGGGCAUGGCUGCAGGAGCGCUGUUCGGCACGUUUUCCUGCCUCAGGAUUGGCAUGAGAGGACGAGAGCUGAUGGGUGGAGUUGGCAAAACGAUGAUGCAAAGCGGUGGCACAUUUGGGACAUUCAUGGCCAUUGGGAUGGGAAUACGCUGCUGAUCUGGAGCCUGGGAUUUAUCUCAGAGUGCCCCCACCCAGCCAUUCCUCUGCUGUACAAUAAUAAAGUGUUUAGAUACCUGGAAGUGAGAGCUCUUAAUGAAACAGCACA